AGAUAAGAACUUUGUGGAAUGGCUGAAAACAGAAGAGGGGAGGUCUUUGUGGAAAUGAGGUAUUUAUGUUAAGAUUAAGUCUUGGCACCAUUUUGAAGUGCCAAGUUUAAUGUUAACCUAAUGCCUAAGUUGCCUACUAUUCAAGGUAUCAGUGAACAAUUAGUGAGAGCAAGUAGGAAGAUUAAUGUUAGUUCUUACGCGUGUUUAAAUGUGGGUAUAAUUGAUGGAUCUUAAGCAAUUUUGGAGAAGAUAGAAAUAGGACUGUUUCAAUUGCAUAAGUUCAGCUUAAGUUUGCUUGCUCUUUUUAUAAAAAAAACUAAUAUGGAAUAUAGAUUGUGGCAUUAUUAUGUUUAAUGUCCAGAAGAACAUUUACAUGUACAAUCAAUGAAAUAAACUCCAUUGAUCCAAUUAGUCAUCCAAACAACUCAUAAUAUUUUUUAGAAGCUGCUCAAUAUAUCAUCUGGCUAACUGAGAUAUGGCUAGAAUUUGGGAUGCAAUAGCUGUGUCCAAGAAUUAUUAGGAAGAAGGACUAAAAACCCAUUAUUUCCAUAGAUCUGGAAUGGACUUUUUCAACUUGUUUGGUUGCUUGUUUGAACCAGCCACUCUUCCUACACAAUUUUAUACAGCCUUGUUGUACACAGUGACUACCUUGACUCUUACAUUGCAGUCUGUAUAUUAUGGUCAGAUAUAUCAUCGACUGAAAAUUAACAGACAAUUUGACAAGGUUGCAAAGCCUAAUCAGACAGAAGUGGCAGGAGAGUAUAGUGUACAUGAAAAUUCUGAUGAUGUUGAAAAACUCAUCAAUGGGAGCUGUGGAAACAGACAAAGUUCCAGUGUUUUUCAGAGUGAUACUGCUAUGAGUUCACCUAUUCCACUUCCAGCCUUUCCACGUAGUCAGUCUGCUGAACAAGAUUCUUUUUACAAGUCAGCUAGAUAUUUAUCUACGAGUCAUACUCCAACAAGGAGAUCUUUUUUACCUCUAUGGAGAGAUCCUGCCAGAGUAGAUGCUGAGGAUUCUGUUGAAGAGCCUUUGCUUGGUGGAUCCUUACCAACUAGGCCGGCACACCUGCCAAAAACGAAAAACCUUCUUUGUAUUGUGCCUGCUACGACUUUCAUCAUAGGGACUCUAAAUAUAUGUCGUCGUACAAGAGACAGUAGGCUGAAUUUGGGUGCUGAAGUAUUAAACAGAAAGCUUUUGCAGGUCCAUGGAGUGCAAAGGAUCACCUCAGAUGUUGGUGGGGGCAUAGGUUCAUAUAUGGGUUGGGCUAUGGCAGCUAUCUACAUGGGUGGGCGGCUUCCACAAAUUUGCUUAAAUUUUAGAAGGGGCAAUGUUGAGGGACUCAAUCCACUUAUGUUCAUUUUUGCUUUGCUAGGGAAUGCAACAUAUGUAGCCAGCAUAUUGGUUAAUAGCCUGGAUUGGUCAAAGAUAAUGCCAAACCUGCCAUGGCUGGUGGAUGCAGGGGGUUGUUCACUUCUUGAUACAUUUAUACUACUUCAGUUUAUAUAUUUUCAAUAUCGAAGAUCAUAGAUUCUUGUCAGCAAGUUUGGGAACAUCCAGUUAGUGCCAUGCUUCCUCAGGGUAUUGCUGUUAACAUCUGAAAUUAUGUCGGUGGAUUUCAUGUUUCAAGGAUUGACAUUGUCCGAGACGCUGUUGAUGCUGUGCAAGUUGUGAUGAACAUUCUUGUGUCUUCGCAUCACUCGUACCCCCAAAAUUUUCACGUUUCUAUUUAGUUCUGAUUUUGUUUUCUCAGUUAUUUGUUGAUAUUUCUUUUGACCAUGUCAAAACAUUUCAAAUUUUGUAAUUAUUUCUUCUCA